CGCUGGGUGUGCCAUUUGUGAAAAAGCGCUUCUCUCCUGGUCCACGAUGAAGAUUUUGUAUAGUGUUGCAUCACUGCUGCUGCUCGUUCGUGUUCAUCCCGUAUUGGCAUUUUCGAUCGAUGCCAGUGCCGAAGUCGCCGCUGCGAGACCCGAAGUUGAAGUGGAAUUCGAUCUGGACGCUGAGUCCAAAGCGCAAUGGGGCGGAUACGCUGGAUCACGCUCUGAUCGGCCAGUUCUCGAAGGUCGGUCAGGGUCGAUGGGGAUGAAAAUCCGACCACUGGGAGGUACUAAGAUCAAGUCAGCAGCUCCAAUGUCGACGGUACUGACACCCGAAGGUUUCAACUUUGGCCGCGGUACAGCGUACGUGACAACACAGGACGUGGAAAUAGGAGAUGAACUACUGUCAUUGCCAAUGAGCCAGGUGAUGAGUGUGGGAUCGGCUUCAAGAGGGAGAGUGGGGCUACUAUUGGAGGCGAAUCCAGACCUUCCACCUGCGAUCGCGUUGGGGCUACAUUUACUGGAAGAACGAGCUCUUGGUGCGGCUUCCAACUUUUCCGAGUUUGUGUCUGCACUGCCGACAGCAGACUCGAUCAACAGCACCUUAUUCUACUCGGAAGAGGAGUUAAAGGAGAUGGAAGGAUCGCAAUUACAGCGAUUCACGCUCGGAAGAGCUCAAGCUGUUGAGACCUUCUACGACGCCCUGGCACAGCCGGUGACAUCGCGUGAAGCUGUGGACCCUCCGAUCUUCAAGAAGGAAGAGUUUACACUGGAUAAAUUCCGCUGGGCGAUGGGAGUUGUGUGGUCUUCUACCUUCCAAUAUGGACAAACGGAGGACGAGGUUGUGCUAGCUCCUGUUCUAGACACGAUCGGCAUCUGCACUGAACUGGACGAAGAAGAUAACGAAGCGUGUCCUGAGACGAGAAUCAAGAUGGAUACAAGCACACAGAGACUAGUUGUGUACGCUUCGGUGUCCUAUUUAAAGGGUCAAGAAGUGCGUCUCUCAAUGCCACGCAAGUCGUCGACUCACCUUAUGCUCAACAAUGGUUUCGCGAGAGCUCGAGCUUCCAAGCUUGACAAAGUGGACCUCACUGUAACAUUGGACCCAAGCGAUACCUUAGCUCCUUUGAAGAAUUACUUGCUCCAGACACAAUUGAAUGAGACCGUCAAUGCGACGUAUGGCUUCUUCUACGGCAGCUCCAAGAUCGAUGAUGCCAUCUCCACUUCUCUUAAGAUGAAGCUCUUGUCUGGUGCCGAACUCUCACGCUACAAAGAGCUGCUUACUCCAACAGAGGACGAAGAAGAGCGACGUAUCGUGAGUCUUCGGAAUGAAUUCGUCUUCACGCGUGCUGUCAUCUCCACGUGCACGACCCUGCUCAAACAAUAUCCGACAACCAUUGAACAAGACCAAAAAACCCUCGCUGGAUUAUCCUAUAAAGAUGACGUUAGGAGUAUUCGUAAGGCACAUGUCCAACGCGUUUUGAUCAUGGAGAAACAGAUUCUGAACGAGACGAUGGGACUUGCUCUGGAACAGUGGAAAGGCCUCGUGUUCUCGUCAAACCCAAAUCUACAAGAAGUCUAGAUUUCUAUACUCUUGAGGUAACAGAAUGCGGUCCAAAAUACCACAUUAAUAGUACCACCUUUAUCUUUGCAAA